AUGCUGCAGAGACAUGCACCCGUUUCCCUGAAACAGGAGGGAACAGACACAGGAAAGUACACUUGUCUGAAUCCCAGCGAUCCGUAUCUGCCAAAAAGGAGAGCACGAGAAAGCCGAUCGCGUCGCCGCCUCACUUGGGUUCGGUGCGGGGCGUGCGCGCCAUCCGCCGAGAGGGUCCCCCUGGCUUCUUGCAGUUCGGGCCGGGCGGACUCCCGGGAACCAGCCGCCGAAAGCGCGCAGACAGCACCGUCUUCUCCGCCGGCUAAAUUUAGACGCCUUCCCGGGAGACGGCGACGCGGACCGAUCCCCGGGUCUGCCCUCCCUCCCACGCCCAUCCUCCCUCCCCCUGCGCCUCCCCGCCUGUCAGACGCCGGGGCCGUUCCGGCUGCUCUCGGCCGAGCCCGACCCGGGCCCACGCGGGGCGGGCGGCUGCACCGGCGUCCCUCCCGCGCCAAAGGGGCGGCAAGAGGAGUGACCGCAGGGGAGCUGGCCGGGACCGGCCGCGUCCCGGGCAACCUGGGCAGGGGCUGGGUCGGAGCCCGGGCUGCCCCCGCCCCCCAGGCCGGAGCGAGCCCCCGCUUCCCUCCCCAGACGCGGACGGACAAAAGACCGACGGCCGGUGACCCGCAUCCUCAGCCCGGCCCCGGAGAGAAGGAGUCGGGGGUCUCUUUACCCGGCGCCUCGGCGCUGCGCAGCGCUCCGGGUCCCUGGGCCCCGCCUCCGGACAGACGGACCGCCGGACAAUGGGCCCCGGGCUGCGGCUCGGGAUGGCCAGGCCGGGCUCUCCGGGACCGGGCCCCGGCAGGCGGAGGGCAGCUGCGGGCCAAGCCGAGGGCGGUGAGCCGAGGGGCGGCGCUGCAGACGGACAAAGCCAACGGCAGACAGACGGACGGAGGGGGAAAAGAUGGCGACGCGGGCGGCGGGAGCGCGCUGCUCGCGCACCGCAGCGAGCGAGAUCUCCUGAGCCUCUGACAUAGCUUACUUGGGGAAGCAGGGGGUGCGGUGGGAAGAAAAUGGGAUCUGGUGUUAGAAGAUCAGCUUUGAGUCCUACCCAGCUCUGUCACUGAUGAGCCUGGUGACUUUGGGCAAGCCACUUUCCUAUUCUGAACGUCUUUUCCCUGAGAUGUAAAAUGGGUAAUCAUGUAAUAAUUCCUGAUCUCUCUUCUCAUAGAUUGUUGUGAUGAUUAAGUAAAGGGAACAUAUGAAAUGUAUAUUCUGCAAAUAUUUUUUAUGGUUACUGAUCCCACGAAGACAGAGCUAAUGAGGAUGCUGACCCUUGAUUGUAAGCAACAAGUCCUGGUAUUUACAUAAAGCGCUCUUGCAAAAUGUCCUUCUCA